UCUUCCCGAGACACCCAUACAGCUAUUUAGAAGCUCCCUUAUCCUCGGUCUUCGAUAUAUUUGGAGCAGUUGUCUCUUCAGCAGCAGCCUCGAGCGGAUACUUCAAACAAAAUUAUGGAGUCUCAAAAUCAGAAUUUGAAGACAACACCAUCCUUGACUUUAGGAAGAUUUCACAUUUCUGAAGAAUACGGCUUUCUUCUUCCAAAUCCUCUGAAAGAACUCCCCGAUCGUUACAGGCCUUGGAUGGAAAUUGCCAACAGACUUCCUCACCUGAUUGAAAAUCAUCAGCUUCGAGCUCAAGUGAAUGAGAUGCCCCUCCUGAACUGCCAGUUCCUCACGGGUUACCGGGAACGGCGCCUGGCACACCUGGUCCUGAGCUUUAUUACCAUGGGGUACGUCUGGCAGGAUGGAGAGACGCAGCCCAAAGAGGUUCUGCCGAGAAACCUUGCCCUUCCCUUUGUCGAGGUCUCCAGGAGCCUGGGGCUCCCUCCUAUUCUGCUUCACGCAGACUUGGUUCUGGCCAACUGGACUGUGAGGAACCCGGGAAGACCCCUGGAAAUAAGGAACUUGGACACCAUUGUCUCAUUCCCUGGGGGAGAAAGCCUGCGUGGUUUUGUACUCGUGACUGUUUUGGUGGAAAAAGCAGCCGUACCUGGGAUUAAGGCCCUCAUUCAGGCAGUGAAUGCCAUGUCACAGCCCAGCUCGGACUCCCUGCUCCAAGCCCUGCAACAACUGAGGCUCUCCAUCCAGGACCUCACCAGAGCCUUGGGACAGAUGCACGAUUACGUAGAUCCAGACAUAUUUUAUGCAGUCAUCCGGAUCUUCCUCUCUGGCUGGAAGGAUAACCCAGCAAUGCCUGCAGGGCUGGUCUAUGAAGGUGUCUCCAAAGAGCCCCUGAGUUACUCGGGCGGGAGUGCUGCCCAGAGCACAGUGCUGCAUGCCUUUGACGAGUUCUUGGGCAUUCGUCACAGCAAGGAGAAUGCUGACUUUCUGUACAGCAUGAGGAAUUACAUGCCUCCUUCUCAUAAGGCCUUCAUAGAAGAAAUUCACUCUGCUCCUUCCUUGAGGGACCAUGUCCUGUCCUCUGGAAAUGGCCAGCUUCUGACAGCCUAUAACCAGUGUGUGGAGGCCCUGGCAGCCCUACGCAGCCAUCACCUUGUCAUGGUGACCAAGUACCUCAUCACGGCUGCAUCCAAAGCAAAGGGCAGGAGAACGAGCCAUCUCCCAGAGCCACCUCAGGCCUUGGAAGAGAGGGGAACUGGUGGCACGGCAGUUGUGAGAUUCCUAAAAAGUGUCAGGGAUAAGACCUUAGAGGCAAUCCUCCACCAAAGUGGCUAAGAGAUGCCCUUCUCCCCAGCAACGCAAAUCCAGCAAACACAGGUCUCUCCUUAUCCUCUUCUCAUUGGACAGCAGGUGGGCCUGGAGAAUGGGGACCAGGUUCUAUCUGGAAUAAUCGGAAAGGGACCUUAGCCUUAUUCAUGUUCUCACUCCACAGAACACCAUCUCCUCUUUUGUUGAGAGCUGUUCACAGAAGAGAAUUUUCAUGGCCAGAAACUUGUCUUGCCCUCCCCGAUCACUGGUUAAUAGCAAACGGUGCUGGAUACCCCCUCAUUCAGAACCCCACGGAGGAGCGAAUGUACCCCUAUUCUGUUUGUCAAGUGAUAGAAAACCAAUCUACAUUUCACAAGUCAAAUCAAAUAAUUUGUGGACAG